AUGUCCAGCAACUUACCUGAGCUCCCUGACGAGGUCUGGGCGCAGAUCCUGCCGUUUGUCAAGGAGUACCCCGAGACCUUGUCUUGUCCCCCACGCAAUGCCCUUCGUAAUGGCGCUCUCAUCCGCGCGGCCCAGGUAUCUAAACUAUGGUACCAUAUCUGCAAACCUCUACUCUUCACCCAUAUCGUAACCGAGAACUUCCCCUUCCUCAUCUCCAAAGCCGCUCAAGCCCCCUUCCGCGCGUGCCUCGCGACCACCAAGACCCUUCGCAUCGAGUACAGCGCCAAGGGUCAGGACCCGUCUUACUGGAAUCUUCUCCACACCGGCGGCGCCAUAUGGAAUCGGUACAGGAUGGUGGAUCCCGAGCUGGAGGAAGGGAUAGACACGGACGACGUCCUUGUCCGGGCGUGCGAGAGGGAGAUCAAGGCCCUGAUGGCUGCUCUGGUGGUAGGGAACAAGCUGGGCGGUCUUGGCAAGAUCUUCCCCAAGCUGGAAAGCCUGAGCAUCAGCUCCAUCUACGGACGGGAGAAUGCGGCUUGGGCGCACUACGAUCUCUCCAAGCAGAUGGAGAUGAUGUUCAUCCGGGAUACCAACCAAUGCGGCGACAACUUUGCCAGAUUCGUAAAUACCGGAAACCUCCGCAAUCUCUGCGUACGGAGUCUCGAAGCACCCCUCAAUAUCCCCGCUAUGACCUUUGCGUCCAACUCGUCCACUCCCUCCACUUAUACCCGGGUCGUCCACUUUCCCGCCGCGGUCGCACACCUUCCUUCCUGCUUUGGCACCCCUAUCCGGUGGGUCUCGGAUGCGCCUCCCACCGCGGACUGGGCACCCAUCAUCACUUCCCUACUCGAGCAGGUGACCGCCAUCGCGGACCAUCGGCAGGAGAUCCAAGGCGCGCGUCGUGAUGUAGCAAAGAUCGACAUCUAUUGCUCGACGAACCGGUUCACACCAUGCGCAUACAAGGAUCGGAUCUCGUACACCGAGUAUGACAUCCCCGGCUUUCAGGGGCCUCUCCUCGGGUUCGAUCCGACGGACGAGGCUUGCCUCUUCUUGCCGGAGGAGGAACAGGAGAGGAUUUGUCGCGGCUUGAGCUCGGCGGUGCAGGAGCUGUUCAGGGGUAGGAGUGGGCUUCAGGAUAUCGUCAACUGGUAUCCCAGCUCCCAGACACCUACCUGUCUGGCGUGUGGAUCUGGGGUACCGGUGUUGCGCGGAGAGGAUACGAGGGUGGACUAUGACAGGGGGUGA